UUGAACCAGCUCCUCUACUGUUAGUUUGAACCGUGUCUAGUAGUGGAAUUUCUCCAGAAGCGUGAACACUGAAGACUUCAGUCAAAAUGUGUGCUAGACCGCUUGUGAGAGUGCAAUGGCUGCAUCAAAUGCUUAAGGAGAAUCCAAGUCGUAUUCGUGUAUUAGAUGGUUCGUGGUAUCUACCGAGUGCAAAGCGAGAUCCUCCGAAGGAGUUUUUGGAAAAGCGCAUCCCGGGCGCGCGAUUCUUUGACAUCGACGACUGCCGCGAUAAAACAAACCCUUACGAGCACAUGAUUCCCAGCGAAGAGGAUUUUGGCAAAUAUGUCAGCAAGCUCGGUAUCACUAACGACAGUCAUGUUGUAGUGUACGAUUCGUAUGCUAAUCCAGGGGUGUCCGCACCACGUACUUGGUGGACAUUUCGUGUGUUUGGGCACGAAAAUGUUUCUGUUCUGGAUGGCGGCCUCCACCAGUGGUGUGCUUCCGGUUUCCCUACGGAAAGCGGCGAUGUGCCUGAAGAUUCUUCUAAAGACAAUGCUCCGUUCAAGGCAAACUUCAAUCCAAACUUGGUGUGUGACUUUGAAUUCAUCAUGAACAACAUAAAGUCAGAUAACCCAGUCAAGGUUAUAGAUGCAAGACCUCCAGGAAGAUUUACAGGCGUAGAUCCAGAGCCACGUCCACAACUCUCCAGUGGCCACAUGCCGAAAAGCUCCAGUCUGCCCUACCUAAAAUGUAUAAAUACAGAGGCCAAGUGUUUCAAGGAUCCUGAUGAAUUAAAGAAAUUGUUCUCUGGUGCUGGUUUUUCAGAUCUAUCAAAGCCCUUGGUUACAAGCUGUGGGUCAGGUGUAACUGGCAGUGGUCUCUUGUUUGCGUCGUUCCUGUGUGGGAAAACAGACACCAAACUCUACGAUGGUUCCUGGACAGAAUUUGUCCAGCGUGCUCCACAGGAGAUGAUCAUUAAAGGAGAGUGAAAGCUAACUGGUCAUUUAGUGUGAAGGAUGGUCCUAUAAAACAAAUCAGGGUUAAACAAAUCACAGUUGUAAAAUAGUUUUCUACUAUAAAAGUUACCUCAAGUGUUUUCAAUCAUAUAUACAUAUGAACAUUCAAAAUCAACCAAAAUGGUUGUGGUUUUAAGAAUUAAUACAAAAUGUACUUUUUGGAUAGAUAGGAUAUACACAUCUUUAUAAUAAUCCUUAAUACCAGUACUAUAUAACUGAAUUGCUAAGGUCAUAAAAUAUGGUAUAAGAUACAACAAUGAUAGACUAAAAAAGGUAAAAAAGAGAUGAAAUCUUUCAUACAAAAGGGUGACCUUGUGUUAGCUAUUAAUCUAUUGAAAAAUUAAUAAAAGAACUGGCUGGCUGUUAUGGAAGAUUCCAAAACCCCACUCUCAAUCUUUUGACUAAAUGUGAAA